GAGGCAUUGACGGCCCAACACGCACAUGCCGAUACACCCAAUUACAUACGUCUAGAACACCAUACGAUCAACAGGCAUGGAUACGCUAUGCGAUAUUUUCAGAGUGUAAUUACGCCAACGAAAUUAAGAACUAUUAAGUUGCAGAUAUUACAUAUUUAUUUCAGUUCAUGGUGCCUUAACUCCUUUAACUUCGCACUCCGAUUGCUAAGUGUUCUCGCCGUCUCUCUUUUCUCGGACAGCAGUAACGGCGGAGCGGUUUCUUCAAGACGUCUGGCGCUAUGGACGACGACGGGCUGUUUGACGAGGACCCUGAUUUGUACGAGAUAACGGAUUUCACAACAUCGACGGAAUGGGAAAGGUUUAUUGCUUCAGUGGAAGCAGUCAUUCAUGAAUGGAAACUCACAACGUUAAGGAACGUAGAGCCUUUGAAAGAGGGUGAGCUUUCUGGCACAAACUGGAAGACUUGCUCUGAGGACAUAAAGUUUGCCAGUUUCGCAUUCAAAAUUACCAGACACUACUUACAAGAAGCAUCAAGAUGCUUAGAAGAAAGUCAACAUCUUGAAGAUGAGCCAGUCCCCUUCGCCCUAGAGGACAUGAUGACUUUAGGCAAUGAUUUUCCACCUAGGGCUCAUUAUUUGGUUCGAUGGUUUGGCUUGCGAGACUUUCUAGUAAUAGCACCAAGCAGUGAAGAGGAAGCUAUCUCAAGUGAAGACAGAACGAAACUUCUUGUCAGCUCUGUUUCUGUAGCUCUAAACAACUCAAAGUGUCCACUGCCAGCUUUUGUGCAGGUUCACCACCCUCAAGAGCGACUGUGCUUUGGCAUAUGUGUUGGGGGCGGACUGACAACGCACUUUGAGAUGGUGCAUCUUAACCAUGUCCCAAAGCCCUGCAGCAAUGUGUCUGGCCUCUUGUCACUCUUCAAAGGAAAGCUGUCCUAUGCCUCACAACAAAGUCCAGCACCUAUUCAGCUAACCAUUCGGUUUACCUACAUGCUUCAAGAUUGGUCCCCUGCUUCAUGGCCUCAGCUUCCACCUGAUGUUACUGAUGACUGGUUCGACAUCGGCAAUCUUAAACUUGGGAAAUUGCCAUUUGGUGCCUUGGAAGACCCCAUCUCGGAGCUGCAGCUUUCUGUUACCUGGCCCUCAGUCCCAGAGGAUGUAGUUGUGGAUAAUGAUGUCUACAGUGACCUUCGGCCCGAGAAUGCGCCCAAGUGGUCAAUCCGAAUGCGAUGGAAAGAAAACCCUGACUGUCUCAUGGAAGAGUACCUGCGAAACUUCUUUGUGGUGUGCCAGAUGACCAAUUCAUUGGAUGAUGUGCUCAAGAAUAUGGUUGAGACAGAAGACCUCUCCGCCAAGGCAGAAAUCCUUGAUGCAUUGGACCGACUGGCCCAGCCCAAUGCUCUGCCUUUUCGACUGCCUCAGCUGCCUCAGCCAGAGGUCUCUCCAGAGAGCUCAUGCAACAUGCUACUACGAAAUCAGGAGCUGCUCAUUGAAAUUUUGGGCUACAUCUUCCUUUCUUCAGAUGCCACUCCUCAAGAAAAGAAUGUGCUGGCUGAAUCUCCUGAGAUAGAGUCACCUCCUGAGGCAGACACAAAUACAAAGCUCUUGGAACUCAAGGAAAGCCUGAAUUCAUUGAAGACGACACAUCCAAACAGCCUCCUUUGGCGCCUGGCCCUUGCCGCAGCACAUGUAUACCAUGCCUGCGGUGGCAUCGAAGCACUUGCACAACUUUGGGUCAAAGUGAUUGCAGAGAUGCGUUACUACUGGGAAAACAACCUCACCCUUCCAAGUGGGCAGAUAUACACUCAAAGGCAACAUAGUGCUGGCAUAUGCAAGGUACAAGAGUAUCUUACUAAGAGCUCGGGAGCUGUCCUUGCUACGCUCUUGUGGCUUAUGCAUACAACGCCAGGUCUUCAUAACAAAAUUGAGAAAAAUAAUUUGUUUCAUGCACCUUAAAUAAAAAACACCCCAAAAAAUGUUUAUGAAUUUAUUUACAAAGCACAAAGUUCUGUUGACAUAGUUGAGAAAUGGAAAGAGCAGCUAAUGGCAUUA